AUGGCUCCUCCUUUCAGGGUUUUCGAGGGCAAGCUUGCCAUUGUCACUGGCGCUUCUCGCAGCUUCGGCGCCGUUCUUGCCGAGCACUUUGCUAGCAGAGGUGCUAAUGUUGUCCUCAACUAUGCCACUGAGGGUUCCACGCCCAAGGCCCAAGCACUGGCCAAGGACUUCGAGACCAAAUACAACGUGAAGGCACUUCCUGUUCAGGCCGACCUCAGCAAGGCCGACGCUCCUCAGCAGCUUGUUGAUGCAGCAAAGGCGCACUUCACUGAUGCGUCUGGUCGCUUCCAAAUCGACAUCAUCGUCAACAACGCUGCCACUGUCAACGCCCAGGGUAUCGACCAGCUGGACAUCGACCUCUUCCAGCAGACUUUCGACUUGAACUGCAGAGCCCCCGCGCUGCUGAUCAAGGCUGCAUUCCCCUACCUCCCCACUGACCGCUCUGGUCGCAUCGUCAACAUUUCCAGCGCCACUACUACAUGGGGUGUCUGGUGGCAGACGUCCUACGCUGGCACCAAGGGUGCUAUUGAGGCCAUGACCCGUGUGUGGGCUCGGGAGCUUGCGGAGAGAGCUACCGUAAACGCUGUCGCCCCUGGUCCCAUGGACACGGGCUUGUAUUCUGGUCUGCCCGACGAGCCUCGCGAGGCUCUCCGCCCGUUGAACAACUUGACCCCUCUUGCGAAGGCUCGCCCUGGCGUCGACAGCCAGGAAGUCCUCGACUUGGCCCAGAGCAUCGGCGGUCGCCCUGGUUACCUCGAGGAAGUCGCCGGCGUUGUUGGCGUCUGCUGCCUGCCUGAGAGCGGAUGGAUGACAGGUAACCUGGUUGGUGCUAGUGGAGGUGGUGCUUUCGUUCGAUAA